GUGACCAGUUGCCAGUCCUUUCUACAAGUGUCAGCCAGCUGGUGGAACAGCUGACACUACAGCUGCUUCGAACAGCUGCUGACGUCGUCUGCUGCCUGUCCAACACCUGUAGCGCGUAUAUCUGUCACCUUAAGCCAGAUAUAAAGACUUGAGGUGAGUCAGUCAGUAUGGUGGACGAUGCAACUCGCAAGACUCUAAGUGCAAUUCCUUUGUUGCGGACAAAGGCGGGACCUCGGGACAAGGAGGCCUGGGUCACACGCUUGAAGGAGGAGUAUCAAGCUCUUAUUAAGUAUGUUCAGAGCAACAAAGACGCUGGCAAUGAUUGGUUUAGAUUGGAAAGUAACAAAGAAGGAACAAGAUGGUUUGGGAAAUGCUGGCACGUCCAAGAUUUACUCAAAUAUGAAUUUGACGUCGAGUUUGAUAUACCUGUGACUUACCCAGCAACUGCUCCCGAGAUAGCAUUACCUGAACUGGAUGGGAAGACGGCCAAAAUGUAUCGAGGAGGACGUAUCUGCCUUACAGAUCAUUUCAAACCCCUUUGGGCUCGAAAUGUUCCGAAAUUUGGUAUCGCGCAUGCCAUGGCACUUGGGCUUGGUCCAUGGCUCGCUGUUGAAAUUCCUGACAUGAUCCAGCGAGGAGUUGUUACUUACGCCGAAAAAAAGGCAUAACAUCAGCUUGCAUUACAGUACUGUAUUUUGAUUUUGCUUGUACUUGUGUAGUGUUAUCAAAUGAGUUUGAGAUAGGAGGAGCAGAAAGGCUGGAAAAUAAAGACAAGGUAUGUGUAAUAUGAAGGAGUAAUUUGAUGUGAAAUGCACAAAAAAUGUGGUAGAUAAUAAAACUGGCCAGAUCAGAGACCGGGCGACAGGGACGUUGCUCCCUAGAAUCGACCCCAGGUAGACAGCACAGUAGUCGUUUGUGAAGAGCGUUAAUAUAUAUAACGAACUGGGAUCGGUGUUCAUUUAGUUUUGGGAAAUUGUGGAUUGCUGCUGUGGAUAAUUUAGUGUGGUAGUGCUGUUCCUCCUUAAUUCCAUUUCAGGUGUUCGAUACUUUGAAUUGCUGUACUUUAUUUUUAUAUGCGUACGAGAUGGGGGGGUAGCCGACAGUGCCCGGGUCUCUCCUUCCAUUUGUGUAUCUCUUACUCUCCCUCCCUUCACUCAAUGCAAUGUGAUUUCAUUAUUUUUAAAACUAGUAGUGAAUUCUAUGGACUAAGAACUUUUUACAUUCACUGAGUUCGUCAAGGAGCAAGGGGACUGUGUACCCCUUCAGAUGGGCACUGGGGUGACCUCUACCCCCUGUGACAAUAGAAUCAUUUAUCCUGCAAAGUCCUGUCUGCAACCUCAGACAUUCUUUUCAUCUUGCCUUUCAUCUUUUCAUCUGUUUUCCUAUACCGUCUGUUAUCUGCUCUGGCUUGAUGACUCCUCUGCCUAUCAGCAUUGGAAAUGGGAGUAUUGGUAAUGAAUGGUUUUGGUUGCUCUAUCCUUUUACACAAGGUAAGAAAGCAUUAAAAAAAAAAACCUCAUUGUACUGUAUUCGGUACUGAAAUUGUUAAAGCUUAGGACUAGUGAUUCCGAACUUAUUUUGGGGGGGGGGGGCUCACUAGCUCUAGUGGAAUCCUUGAAAUAUUUUGUAAACUCUUGACAAGGGUAAAUCACAAUGUGUAAAGCAGUACAGUGGUACCUUGGUUUUCAAAUUUUAUCCGUUCCCAGAGACUGGUCGUAAGCCAAAAAUUUGCAACCCGAAACAAAUUUUCCCACAAGAAAUAAUGUAAAUUGAAUUAAUCCUUUUCACACUCCCAAAAAUAUUAACUUCUAAACUAAAUACAUUUCAUACAUAAUACACACAAAUAUUUUGUUCUUAGUAUGUACAAGUUCUAGCCUACUUUUAUUGAUGACUUGUUGGGCACCAUUCAACUCAGCACAACUCCAUAGUCUCCUAUGACUGAUGGAUGCCUACUACUGUUGGUGUAUGGAAGACGGGGGAGGGGGGGGGGGGGGUGUUGUGUUUGGAAGGGGAGUCCCCUUCCAUUAUGACAUCAGGCAAUGAUGACUUCUCUGGUGUACCUAUGUUUUGCAAGCAUACCACUAGGACCUGGUUGUGGCUGUCUGCUUGCUUGUCUUACUAAGAAUCUGUCCAAAGACAUUUGUCUGUAGUGAGACAUCACAUUGUCAUUUAAAAGGUCAAUGCAACUGCCUGCUACAG